AGCUGCGCCGGCACCGCCCGUCUCCGUGCCCGGCCGCGGCGGAACCAAUAAAGUUUUGUUUUAAUAAAAGCAAGAAAAGAGGAGGAAAAAGGUGGUUCCGCUAAGUCUGUGGCGGCUGCUGCCUUGCGCGUGAGUGACUGCCCGGCCGGCCAGCCCGGGGCUGCCGCAGCAGGCGAGGGCGGACGGACUGCUGCAGCCUCCGCCCCGGCUCCGCUCGGCCUGGGCGACCGUCGCUCUCAGCGGGGAGCUGCGUCUCCGCCGCUCUCCGAGCUCGCUCGGCUCGCUUCUUCCUCCCCGAAGUGAGUCUCUUGGCGCGGGAGGAGCGCCAGGCAGACGACCGCAGCCAUGCCGAGCGGUAAGGAGACGCGGCUGCUGCACCUCAGCGAGAUGGAGAAGCUGGACAAGACCCUCUUCAGGCUGGAGCAAGGUUUUGAACUACAGUUCCGCUUGGGCCCAACUCUUCAAGGCAAGCCCGUUACUGUGUACACAAAUUAUCCAGCUUCUGGAGAAGUGUUUGAUCGCCACAAGUUCAGGACACUAUCGUGGCACAAUCCCACAGGAAAAGAAGAUGACUCUGAUAAAUACUGCAAGCUGGAUCUCCAAAUUUCUGGGUCAUACCAGUACUAUUUCAGCCUUGGAAAUGAGAAAAGUGGUGGAGGUUACAUAGUCGUGGAUCCUAUUUUGCGAGUGGGAGCCGAUAAUCACGUGUUGCCUCUGGAUUGUGUUACACUCCAGACGUUCCUUGCUAAGUGUCUGGGACCCUUUCACGAAUGGGAAGAUAGGCUUAAAGUUGCAAAAGAAACAGGUUACAACAUGAUUCAUUUCACACCGCUGCAGAAGCUUGGACUGUCUAGAUCAUGUUAUUCACUGGCUGAUCAAUUAGAAGUAAAUCCUGAAUUUUCAAGCCAUAAUAAAAAGUGCACUUGGAGUGAUAUAGGAGCUCUUGUGGAAAAAUUGCAAAGUCAAUGGAAUAUGCUCUGCAUCACAGAUGUAGUCUACAAUCAUACUGCUACGAACAGUGAAUGGCUCAGGAUGCAUCCGGAAUGUGGCUAUAACCUUGUAAAUUCUCCCCACCUCAAGCCAGCUUGGGUCUUGGAUAGAGCUCUGUGGCACUUGACCUGUAUGGUGGCUGAUGGAAAGUGCGUUGCUAAAGGGGUCCCUCCGUCCAUUGAAAAUGAUCAUCAUCUAAAUUGUCUCCGUAAAAUAAUUUGGGAAGAUAUAUAUCCAAAAAUUAAACUAUGGGAGUUUUUCCAAGUGGAUGUUAACAAAGCUGUGCAGCAAUUUAGAACCCUUCUAACUCAAGGCAAAAUGAGCACUAAGUCCGAUCCAAAUCAACAUCUUCAAAUAGUUCAGGACCCUGAAUAUCGACGGUUUGGCUCUACGGUAGAUAUGAACAUAGCAUUGGCAACAUUCAUACCACACAGCAAUGGACCCGCUGCAAUAGAAGAAUGUUGCAACUGGUUUCGCAAGAGGAUCGAGGAACUGAAUGCUGAACAAUACAGACAAACUAAUCACCAUCAAGAGCAGGCUGUGAAUUGUCUUGCGGGGACUGUGGUUUAUGAACGACUGGCCGGUCAUGGUCCUAAGCUGGGUCCUAUCACUAGGAAAUAUCCUUUAGUUACCAGGUAUUUUACUUAUCCAUUCAAAGAGCUGACUGUGGAGGAAGAAGAAACUAUGAUACAUCAGCCAGAUAAAGCUUGUUAUUUCAUGGCUCAUAAUGGCUGGGUUAUGGGAGAUGAUCCUCUCAGAAACUUUGCAGAACCAGGUUCAAAUGUUUACUUGAGAAGAGAGCUUAUUUGCUGGGGAGACAGUGUGAAGCUGCGUUAUGGUAAUAAACCUGAAGACUGUCCAUACCUCUGGGCACAUAUGAAAAAAUACACUGAAAUCACUGCCAAAUAUUUCCACGGUGUUCGUCUUGACAACUGUCACUCCACACCUAUUCAUGUCGCUGAGUACAUGCUGGACACAGCUAGAAAAUUGCGAGCCGAUUUGUAUGUAGUGGCUGAGCUGUUCACAGGAAAUGAGGAGCUGGACAAUGUCUUUGUGAAUAGGCUGGGCAUUACCUCCUUAAUAAGAGAGGCAAUGACUGCUUAUAAUAGCCAUGAAGAGGGAAGAUUAGUUUAUCGUUUUGGAGGUGAACCUGUUGGCUCAUUUGUCCAGCCACGUUUGAGGCCUUUGAUGCCAGCUAUUGCUCAUGCACUGUUCAUGGAUAUCACACAUGAUAAUGAAUGUCCAAUUCAGCACCGAUCUGCAUAUGAUGCUCUUCCUAGUGCAAUGAUUGUUUCCAUGGCAUGCUGUGCUACAGGAAGCACCAAAGGCUAUGAUGAACUAGUACCACACCAGAUCUCUGUUGUAUCUGAAGAGAGGUUUUAUGCAAAAUGGAAUCCAUCAGCACACUUGACUUCUGCUGGUGAAGUUAAUUUCCAGACAGGAAUUCUAGCAGGAAGACUGGCCAUAAACAGAUUGCAUCAGGAGCUGGGGGCUAAAGGCUUUAAUCAGGUGUAUGUAGACCAAGUUGAUGAAGAUAUUGUGGCAGUGACAAGACAUUGCCCUAACACACACCAAUCUGUUGUGGCUGUAAGUCGAACUGCCUUCAGGGAUCCAAAAACUUCCUUCUACAGCAAAGAAGUACCUGAAAUGUGUAUCCCAGGAAAAAUAGAAGAAGUGGUAUUUGAGGCUAGGACUGUUGAGAGAAGUGCUAGUCCCUACAUGAAGGAUAAACGUUUUAUAAACGGCCUGCCUAAUUUCACGAUGGAGCUCAGAGAGCAUAUCCAGAUUAAAGACAGUAAAAUUAUAAAGCAAGCUGGAACUGCAAUAAAAGGGCCAAAUGAAUUUGUUCAAGAAAUAGAAUUUGAAAAGUUAACACCAGGAAGUGUAAUAGUAUUCAGAGUUAGUCUUGAUCCAAAGGCCCAGGAGGCUGUUGGUGUACUCCGCAACCAUUUGGUGCAGUUCAGCCCUCACUUUAAAUCUGGGAGUCUGCCUGAUGAUCAGUCAGCACCUAUAUUAAAAACGUUAUUUUCUUCUAUUGCAUCUAAACUAACUUUGGCUGACCUAAAUCAAGUGCUGUAUAGGUGUGAGGCAGAAGAACAAGAAGAUGGUGGUGGUUGUUACAAUAUACCCAACUGGUCACCACUGAAGUAUGCAGGCCUCCAGGGAUUAAUGUCAGUGAUGGCAGACAUUAGACCAAAGAAUGAUUUGGGUCAUCCGUUUUGUGACAAUUUAAGAUCUGGAGACUGGCUGAUUGAUUAUGUCAGUAACCGUCUGAUUUCACGGGCAGGAGCCUGUGCAGAAGUUGGUAAAUGGCUGAAAGCCAUGUUUGUCUACCUAAAGAGAGUUCCACGUUACCUCAUCCCAUGUUACUUUGAUGCCAUCUUAGUGGGUGUAUACACAACGCUUCUGGAUGCGGGUUGGCAUCAGAUGUCUAGCUUUGUGCAGAACGGAUCAACAUUUGUUAAACACCUUUCCUUGGGUUCAGUCCAGAUGUGUGGCAUCGGAAGAUAUUCGUGUCUGCCAGCAUUGUCUCCUUCCUUACACGAUGUUCCUUAUAGGCUGAAUGAGAUUACAAAUGAGAAAGAACAGUGUUGUGUUUCCUUGGCAGCUGGUUUACCUCACUUUUCUUCUGGGAUUUUCCGCUCCUGGGGAAGAGAUACCUUUAUUGCACUGAGAGGACUAAUGUUAGUCACUGGGCGCUACCUAGAAGCAAGAAACAUCAUUUUAGCUUUUGCUGGGACUUUAAGGCAUGGUCUCAUUCCCAACUUGCUUGGCCAAGGGACACAUGCCAGAUACAACUGUCGUGAUGCUGUCUGGUGGUGGCUUCAGUGUAUCCAGGAGUACUGUAAAAUUGUUCCAAAUGGGUUAGACAUUCUCAGGUGUCCUGUCUCUAGGAUGUACCCAAGAGAUGACUCUUCUCCUCAGCCUGCAGGCACCAUGGAUCAGCCACUUUAUGAAGUCAUACAGGAAGCAAUGCAACACCACAUGGAAGGCAUAAACUUCCGAGAGAGGAAUGCUGGGCCACAGAUAGAUCAAAACAUGAGAGAUGAAGGUUUUAAUGUAACUGCAGGCAUUGACCCUGAAACGGGCUUUGUCUUUGGAGGGAACCGCUUCAAUUGUGGCACUUGGAUGGAUAAAAUGGGAGAGAGCGACAGAGCUCGCAACAGAGGAAUCCCAGCUACUCCCAGAGAUGGUUCUGCUGUGGAAAUGGUUGGCCUGUGCAAGUCUGCUGUUCGCUGGCUGCUGGAUUUAUCUGGGAAAAAUGUGUUUCCAUUCCGUGGAGUCACUGUAAAAAGACAUGGAAGAGAGGAGAUUAUCACAUACGAUGAGUGGAACAGAAACAUUCAAGCCCACUUUGAAAGACUGUUCUACGUCUCUGAGAACCCAGCAGAUCCUAAUGAGAAACACCCGCAUCUCGUUCACAAGCGUGGCAUUUACAAGGACAGCUAUGGAGCUUCAAGUCCGUGGUGCGACUACCAGCUCCGGCCGAACUUUACAAUAGCGAUGGUUGUGGCCCCUGAGUUGUUCACACCUGAGAGAGCUUGGAAAGCUCUGCAGGUAGCAGAGGAAAAACUGCUUGGUCCAUUAGGCAUGAAAACCUUAGACCCAGACGAUAUGGUUUACUGUGGAGUCUAUGAUAAUGCACUUGACAAUGACAACUAUAACAUAGCCAGAGGUUUUAAUUAUCACCAAGGACCUGAAUGGCUGUGGCCCAUUGGAUAUUUUCUUCGUGCCAAGUUGUACUUCUCAAAGUUGAUUGGUCCAGAGGUUUAUGCAAAAACUGUGGUUAUGAUCAAGAAUGUUCUUUCUCGCCACUAUGUUCACCUUGAAAGAUCGUCCUGGAAAGGGCUUCCAGAACUGACCAAUGAAAAUGGACAGUAUUGCCCUUUUAGCUGUGAAACUCAGGCCUGGUCUAUCGGUGUUGUCCUUGAAACCCUUUAUGACUUGUAAAAGUUUAUUUUGAUUGAUUUGAUGAAACUUUUGCAGUCUUAGUAUUGAGUAUAAAUGAACAGUUGGCUUACACAGCGAGGGGAAUGAAUGUCCUGUUCUGCACAAUCACUUAAGCUGUGUCCUGGCUUUCAAAGAUGCUGAAUGGCAGCAGCUCCUGUGCCCCAUAACUCUGUGGGGCUUGGGCUGGUACUUUGAAACUCAGGCCAUAACAACAAACUCAACUGCAGUGCACACUUAAUGCAGAAACUUUUUAGUAAGGAGCAAUUUUAAGAAUAUGCACAAACUUAAUUUUAAGUAGCUUUGGUUUUUUUAGACUUUUCAAAUCAAAAUCUUACGUAACAAAGUGAGAUGUCUCUCUCCUGACCUAAAAAUCAGUAGCACAGCUCUUAUGUUUUGGGUUUUUUCCUUUGUCAGUCAAAGAGUAAAUGGAUGUUUUGCAAAUGCAUGCUUAAAGAGGAGUAGACUAACUUAUAGCUUUCUGAGUUUGGUAUGCUUUGUGCUGCAGCAUAUACAUUAGUGAGGGUAUAAUACGUUGUGUCUCCGUUGAAGGGUGUCAUGGGAAUUUGUAUGUGUUCAGUAGAACACUCCAUUAAGCAACCACAGAAACAAAAACCUAUAAAUACUGUAAUAAACCAACCUCUGAAGGGAUAUGUAAAACUUUCAAAACCUUCAAAUUACACUGAGAGUUAACUCGAGCAAUAAAGAGCUAACAGCCUAUGCUAAUCCAUUUUUAAAUGUAUUGAGAUACCGUGGGCCAUGCAGCAAAUGUGUGUCUUCAAUCUGUUCUCCACCAUGAGGAAUUCAUAAGAAACGUGUAUACAAGGUACAGCCUAUCUGUUGGGAGUGGACAAAGAUACAGAAGUCGGUGUCCUUGAGUGCUUAAUUACACCAGUUUUUGAAGAUGUAUGGUCAUGUCAGCUCCUUCUUCGUAGGAAAAUCUGUCUGUAUCAAAGCAGGUGGAAGUGUUUAGCAUCAAUGGGAAGAGAUACUAGCCUACCACCACUAGGGAAGAGAAGAUGAUGUUUCUACACCUCUUGAAAUUACACCAACAAGAGUAAUGCUACCUCUGCAUGUUCCUUGGGAAUAGCUUUGAACGGGAUGCCAAAUGCAUGUUCUUUCACGUUUGUAUGGCUGCGUGCCCUUCCUGAGUUCAGGUCAGUGUUCCCAAACCGAAGGCUGGUUCACAGGAGUGCAGUUGGUAACUCUCAGCUCUCUAUUUGUGCAAUUGUUCCAUCUUAGUGCAAUAAACAGGCAGAAAGUGAGGCUGAUGCCACUUGUCACGGGGCAAGGGGAAGCAAAACCGAUCCUGCAUUUCUUAGGGUUAAACAUAUGCUGGAUAAGACACACAAUUAUAAUGCACUAAGAACACGUAGAGCAACACUUUAUUAUGUUUGUGUUUUAACAUUGCCGUACCCUGUGUCAAGUGCAGUGCAAGUGUGCUGUCCUGUUCAGGGAGACGUGUCACAGUUAAGGCAGGUUAAUAGGCUGAAGGCAGAUGAAUUGUUAGAAGUGGCUGUAUUCACACUAUUUGUUGAAAGGUGAAUGUUUGAACUCCAUUGCUGAAGCACUCAGUGCUUAGAAGUGAUGAGCAGAGAAGGCCUGUAUUGUACCUCAACUUCUGAGCUGCUGCAGUAUGUGGGUUGGGAGGUUACUUUCUCAACACAGCCCGAGACAUGUCAUUUGGUAGAUUAAAUGUCAGCCACAGGUGAUUUUUUUUCAUGUGCAAGAGGCAAAUGAAGUAUUUUUCAUAAUGUACUGAACUUUCCAAAGUCCUUGGUGAUGAGGUUUGUCUUACUGUAUCACUGGCUUUGUACUGCCUUCUUACAUCAGUAUUUCUCAUGUAUUAUUCCACGGUAUGUUUUGUGGUUUAGAAAGCAGGAAUGUAUCAGAAUAAGUUGUUCUUACUUGAUGAAAACAUGCUAAAAUUGGAAGUGCAGCUGAAGAGCUAUGACUAGCAAAAGAUUUCCAUCGGGGUCAAAUCAUAUACCUUGGCAAUAACAGUCUUUCGGUGUUGGAGGGGAAGAAAACAGGAGAAACCAUUCAUCCAAACCUCCCUAUGUCAUUACAGCUUACUUUCCACUGCUUGGCAAACUGCACUGCUGAUAGACACUACACAUGUCACUGCUGCUGGGGGGGGGUCCUAAUUUAACAGUGACAUUUUAAAGGUAAAUCACUACUGUACACAAAAUUGCCAACGUUCUGGAACUUCCAAAGAUGCCCAUUUAUAGUGUUUCUUCUGCAUUGAUUAGUUGAGCAUAGUUUUAGUAACAGAGAAAGGUUUUAAAUAGGAAAAAAGAAUAUCUUGUUGGUUGACUUUGCUGUUCAGUAGCAGGAAAAGUAAGAUUUGAGGUUACAACCACUGAGGGAGUUGGUGGUUGUUGGUAGGGUUUGAUUAUCUUUCUUUCUUUGCAUUUUUUUGUAAUCACAAAGCUAGUCAACACUUUAUCAAGCCAGUCUAAAGAGGAAGAGGGAAGAAAGCAAUGUCAAAUCCAACACUUACGUGAGCUGAUGUUUAUCUGAACUCUAUACUUAAGUCAUUGUCUCCUAAAAUAGCUGACUCUGUGUUGUCUGAUCCUGAACUGUAUUUUCAUUCAUUACUAUCACUUACAUUAUAUGUACUCAAAAGCUUCCAGUAAUGCAAAGCUAUAAUCAGCAAGAACUGUGAAUCCAUUGUGGUCCAGUUGGUGUUUCUCCAUCUAUAUGGUAUUGAGAUGUUUUUGUUUCCUUCCUCCCACUUGAAGUAAUUUACUGGUGUUCAUGCACUUGAUGGCUCUUGAUUUAUCCAAAGGUUAUUAAUUUGGGAAUUCAGGUAAAAUGAUGUAUUGUUCUUGCACUGCAUGUUGUAAUGUAAGAUGGGAAGAUGGGUUUUACACGUGUCUGUCUAGCACAAGAACACCUGAGCUUAGGAAAUGUCAUUAUUCAUCUGUUUCUGAAAUGCACAAAAUAAAAUUCUCUAACUCAGA